ACUACACAAAGUUGUUAUUGUUAAAUGGGUUGGAAGGUAACUACUGAUCAUAGAAUCUUAGAAUAUCUUGGGUUAGAAGGGACCUUAAAGAUCAUAUAGUUUCAAACUUCCUGCUGUAGCCAGGAAUGUCACCCAAUAGUUGAAAUUGCUCAGGGACCAAUCCAGCUAAAUUAAAGGAUGAAUAUUCAAAUAGGAAACUAGGAAUGGUUGUAAAAUUGUACAUUUUUGAAAUGUCACUGAAGGUGCAUCUCAGAAGGAUCUGGCCCUUUCUGUGUCACAUCUGUAUAUCACUCUGAUUAGGUAUUCACUGAGGAAUACAUCUGAAAGCAUUCCUGGUAAAUAGGCUAGUGGGUGAAUUUUUUCUCAUGGCAACCCAUGAUGGAUUUUGACACUGAUAUUCUACAUGUGAUUUCUAAGAAUAUUUUUCAGAUUUAGAAUUGCCAUCAGCUGUGAUACUGGUGGGUUUGUGUGUCUAAGAGGAGAAAUUGUUUAGUCAGGAAAAUAAAUACAUUUUACCUUUUUGUGAAUUUGGAUAAAUGUGUUCUGUAAAUUAUGUUUUGUUUUUCUUCACAUAAAAUCGUCUCCUAAAUACCAGCUGGCAGAGAAGUUGCCUUUUGCAGAACAGAUGAUUUUUUCACAGCAUUUACUUGAUUCAUUCCAUAGCUGUCACUUUUUCAAGGAACAGAUCACAGCAAACAUUCCUAAAAUUAAGGAUUUUCUUCCUGACCCUUAUCAACACUGAGUUUGAAAUGAUGGAAACUUUCGGAGCUUUUUUGUUGUUUUCCUUUGGAUUUUUGUUUUGGCUAUUCUCAUUUAUUUAUUUUAAUUCUCUCACUCCUGGAGCAGUAAGGAUGCUUUGUUGCUUUGAGGGACUAGAGAUUAUACCUAGCUUUCCUGAUUUUGGUGUUACCUUUCAUUAAAUGUUAGUCCCUUUGUCAAUUAUGCACUAGUCUAUUUGCCUUUCAACUUGGUUCUUUCUAUUCAGGGAUUUACAAUAUUAUCGAGUUAAGGAUUCUCACAGUAGAUGGUAAUGGAGAAAUUCAGUUAAGUGAGUUUGUUUAGGAGUGCUGAUUAAGCAAAUGUUUCUGAGACUAUUGCCUUAAGGCACUGUGUAAAGAGGUUUCAUUUUACUUCUUUUAGCUGAAAAUGUAGUUUUAUUGAACUCUGUUGUUUGUUAAGCACUAGCUUUUUCCUACCUGAUAUGUCUAAGAAAAAAAUGUAGUGAUAUCUUCAUUGUUCUUAAUAAAAUGGAUUACUAAAUUGUGAGAGGAUUAAGCAUUUUAGCUUCUGGCCUUUGCACUUAAUUGCAGAAUACCUUUCUGGAGAGAAAAAAAGAGACCAACCUCCAGUGCUUUAUGCUCUGGCUUGAAGUACUUCACUCCUGGAGAUAGUUUCCAGGUAAACCAAGUGUUCUCACCUACAAGAAUGUGGCAUUUGAAAAUCUAUCUUCCAUUAGUGGGUUAAUGAAUUCCUUGUAAUUAGGCAAAUUAGUAAUUUAGUGGGUAGGUUAAGUUAUUCUCUAAAUUAAAGUAAUUGAAGUGUUGCCAAUUAAGAGUUGGUGUGAUAUCAUAAAUUACAUGUGAUCUUGCUUUUUGUUCAAGGACCUUUAAGACUUUUCUAAAUGCUGAGCAGUGUUCCUUUGAAAACAUACAGCUCAUUUUUUGGAAAAAUACAAUCUAGUACCCAGAGAUUUCAAAGGAUUCUAUUAAGUCUCAUACUAAAUACCCUUGUCUCUGAACCCCACUUAAACUUUGGCAUAAUGCUGCUGUUCAGACCCUAUUUUAGAAGUCUUGAGAACUGAAGGAAAUACAAUUUUCAUCAUCUUUCAGCUUCGUAAUGAGUCCCAACAUUGUUUUGGGGACAAAUUGAUGAUUGUUGUACUCUUGUUGGCUCAAAAAAUGAAAAUAUGGCACGAGCUGUGCUGUGUUCUGCUGGAGUGAUGGGUUUUAUACAAGAGAUGAAGGAUGUGUGUGGGCAUGCAUUGCCUGCCCUGGGGCAUGUCAGGAGAGACCAGGCAGCCUCUCGGGAACUGAGCUGGUGGGAUCUGAAUGUUUGCACUUUUGUUUGGAAGUGGACCCGGGAGUGAACAUUUAGCAGCAUGCUUAAAUUUUGUCUGGAAAACAGCAAGUUGGAGCAAUUUGAAAUAGUGAGGGAAUGACAGGGAGAAUGGAUAAUCACAUGCCCCGUGCUCAGAUUUAUUUGCUUUGGUCCCCUUUUUACUUAGCAAUCAAUGUAAGACCAUGAGAGCACUAUUUCUUCAUGUCUCUGAAACUUCUGGAGUAAUUGGUAAAACUCUUGACAGGCCCUUAGAACAAACUUUUCUAAUGUACAGAAUUUUAUGUGUGGCUUAAUUAAUUUCAGAAUUAAAUCAAGAUAUGGGCUUAAAAGAAAAACUACACUAAACUUUGCUUUACAACAAUUACAGAAAUCAGAAUAAAAUUUGUUAAAUUAACUGUGUUACAUUUUAUACUCAGUAUUUUUUCAAGUUUGUAAUUUUUUGGUCUUUAAUUUUGUAUAAUUAGUCUAAGAAUCUACAAGGAAGAUUCUAUCCCUUGUGGAACUUUUUUGCCAAAAUUACUAAUUACCUAAGUAAGUGGUAAUUGCACAAUGGACUGCAAAUUAUGUCUUAAUCUUUUCAUGGAGAUUAAGACAUAAUUUUGGCAAGCACGUUUGAAUAUUCAAGUUUCUGCAUAAUAAUAAUAAAUGGACCUAUUGAUUUGUCUCCUCAGUUUAAGUACACUCUUAGGUUAACAUUUCAAAUCCUAGAAACAUCAUUUAAAUAGACAAAACAGAGGUAACUUGUAUGUUGAAAAGUGCUGAAUUGUUUUAUAAGAACUUAAUGCAGCGAUAUUUUUUGAACUCAAACACAGUAUUUUAGGGUGUUUUAUAUCUGAAUUUUAAAAAUCACCUGCUCAUGUAUAUAUAGCCUUGUAUUUUCUGAUUUGCACACAUGCCACACGUGCCUGAAGAUCAGUUACAUUGCCACUUGUGCCUUCAUUGGAGAAUGUAAUUAUGCUGCAAGAAUAAAUAAGGCACAACACACUGUAUCCAUUUUCUCUAUUGCAUCUGAAAAAUACUGGGGAGGAAAGAAUAAGUAACACUCAAGAUAAAUUCUAUCUUCCUUAAGGCCAGGCUUGUAAAAGGCAGGUGUUUAGUUUAGUCUGGUCAUCUCUCAUCCUGCUAUAAUGAGUUGAAGAGAGAUGUGGCAUUAUCUGUCAGUCACUAGGUCUGCCUAUGUUAGACAUCUGCAUUAGACAUGGGUGCAUGUCCUGGGCCUGAAAUGCCUGUUUUUCAUCUUUCUUCUUGCUGGAAAAGUGAGUAUGAUCCAGUGAGAUGUGCUUUGGAUACCCUUGGGUUUGGAGGGAAUAGCUAAACUUCCCGAGUAAGUGAUCAGAUAUUCUAUUUCAUUAAAAUUGUCUGUGCCAAUGCCUGUUUACCUAGUGAAUUCACAUAAAUGGUAUUUCAUUUUGUUUUACACAGACAAUUUUUUCCCCCUCUGAGUUUUCCUUGUAAAGGACAACAGUUUAGAAUCACAGUAUCUGUGCACUGGAUGUCACUUUGCAGGCAUGGUGACCCUCCUCCCCCCCCCUUUUUUUUUUUCCCUCCUGGUUUUCACUUUUCCUGGUUUUGCAUGUUUGGUAGGACUUGAUAUUUUUACAUUAAAGAAUGGGCUACAAGACAUAAAAAUGGUGUUGAGGCACCCUUUCCAAAGAUUUGCUGGUCCGUAAAAUGUCCAGUUUGAGAGUCAAGUUUUUCAUUAAUGGUUGAGAUGAACUAUUGCAAAACUGGAUGGGUACUUUGAAGUUUGUCCAGUUACUGGAAUUCACACAAAUGGAAAGGAGAUGUUCAAAUAGAUCUUCUGAGGCAUACCUGAAUCUUCCCUUUUUUGAUCUACUUCCUGUUCAGUGGUUUAGCAGAGGUUUAGCAUUAGACUUAGAGACUUUCAGAGGAUAUUCUAAAGUCAGUGGAAGUAAGUCCUGGCUCAUGUGCUUCCCAGUCAUACUCACUUAUGAAAAAUAAAUGUGUUCCAUUUUAGUAACAGAUAAUGCUGUUAAAGAAAAGAAAACAUUUCAAAUUUAUUCCUCAAUAGCUUUCCUUUGUGUUAUGUAUUUCUUCCUGGCUCCAACACUAACUUUGUCCUCAUAGCAAAAGUAAACAUAUGGCAAAAGCUAAACACUUUUUCUUGCUUACAAAUAAGGAAAAUAGGCGCUUCAUUUCAUAAAAAUAGCCAAUGUUUUAUUUAAAAAAAGAGACAACCCAAGACUUUUUUUUUUAAAAAAAGUAGUGCCGAGUCCUCAUCCUGAGAAGCAGAUGGGAAGCAAAGAGCUCUUUCAAACAGCUGAUAGCAUUUUAAAGUCUGUAAGGUGUUUGGUGUGGCUGGUGGGGUGGGAUAGGGGAAGUAACAGCACUAUUUCCAAAAACUUGGAACUUCCAAAAACUGUUUUACUAAACCACAGAAAGCAAGUAAUAGAUAAAACUGUAUAUUAUUCAUUUGUGGUUCGUGAAUAAUACUAUUUUUGUGUAACAGGUAGUGACUACUGUUUUCCUUGAUUUAAAAUUUAUUUUGGAUUCAAGAAAGAUGAUAAUUUGAAUAACUGAUCAAGUAUGUAUUUUAAUAUUUUCAAAUAAUUCAAGAAACUGAGUAUUCACUUCCAAAGUUUCAGAAUAGAGAGCUGAUGGAAGCACCAAACUGAAGCACAAGGUCAAAAUUGUGUAGAAAAAAGUUUGCACAAAACAAAUGUUAGGACAUAGUGAAAGUUGAGGAAAGGCUACGUGUCAGUUGCUGCUUUCAGUUCUCUGGGCUUUCAUAGCCACAUGUCUGCCUGUCUGUUCUUCCAUUCACCAGUUACUUGGAACACAAGUAUCACUUUGGGCAACAAAGACAAAUCUGCAAAAUCUGCAUGAAUCUACAAACACUGUGUAAAUCACCAACUGUACUUCCUAGUUAGCAUUUAGAAGAGAGCAAGCCAAGAACAGGAAUUACGCUUACAUUCGUGGCUUAAAUAAAUGGCAAAUAUUUUUUUGACUUUGCUUAGAAAUUUUUUCAAGCUAUCAAGUAGAUAUAAUCAAAGAAGUAUGAAUGAACCCACCCCAUUUCCUCAGAAUUUUUUACAAAAAUUCUCAUUGAUAAAAUGUUAAUUACACUAUGGUUCCAGGCUAGGUACACAAAAUGUAUGGACAAAUAAAUUUCUCACUGUAGCUUUGAUUUUUUUCUUAUCUUUCUAGGUGCUAGGGAGUGAUGCAGAGCAUGGGUUGCCCUACAUGGCAAUUCUAGGCUGUUGUGAUGACGAUUCUGAUGAGCCUACCAAUAAAGCUCUCAGUUAUUUAUAGAGUUAACACGUGUACUGGUUGGUCUGGGCUGAGAUGCACAAAUGCAGUUCAUGUAAGCUUCCUCAUAGUUAAGCAGUAAUGUCUGCUAAUCAUGACAGGUUUUAGACUGGAUUUUUAGCUACUGAUUUCAGAACAAAGCUGGGCUUUGAUGCUGAAGAGAUCUCUCUUGAACUGUCACCUGCCCUAGUCUCUGUUUUGGCAUUUGUCCAUUUUGCCCUCUCUGCCUUAUUGCAGAGUUAAAGAAUGGGGGCCACAAUCCUCAAAUGCAAAUUCCUGCAACUGCCAUAAUUUUAUAAUUGGAGAGGAUUAAUACACUCAUCUGAAGAUUUGAUAUUGUCUUUGGUAUUUUAAGAUUAUUUUGAUUGUUGCUGGAGGAUGGGAUAGAGAAAAGCUAUUACAUUGCAAAUCUUUGAAAUUUGGAGGGAAAAAGACCCUGGAGCUAAAAACCCACUUUUUCAUAAUUCCCAUCCAAUUUUAUUCAGAUUUAAUUGAGUUUAAACAGUUCAGUUUAGACACCCGAUUUCCCUUCACUUGAUUUUUUUUUUUCCUCAGGAAACUGGUUCGAGCCUGCCAAAUCCAUGUCUGAACUUGGCUGUUCCAGGGUGAGGGUCUCAGGCUGCCACAAAAGCACUAGACUGCAUUAUGCUGGGAGCUGACAGAGCAAGAUGAUUUGGAGUGAAGCAAGUUAGUGAAGUACUGCCUCCUAUCCUUAGCUCCAUCAGCCUCUCUGGAAUACCUCCUGGGAGAAAAGCUUCUCACAAUCGCUGGGAAACUUGGAGAAGCAGACAGCCUGACCAGGCUACCUCCGUUAAACCAUAGUCUUUUUCCCUCCUUUGGGGACACAAAUAUGUGGCACAGAUCCCACCUCCAGAGUGGGAGAAAAGAGUGGGAUAAAUGGAGCCAUGGCUCUCCUGACUGAUGCAGGAGGUAGCACUCAGCUCCAUGAGGCAUCUCCCUCUCUGGGGUAAGGCCUUCCUCUAUGGCCAGUUGACUUCCUGCAUCUCAGCUGACAGAAGUCUCUGCUGUCAUUUCAGGCUGAAACCCAGGAUGAUGGUUGCAUGGUCCUUGUUGCCGGCCCUGCUAGAAACUGACUUUCCACUUUUUAAAGCAAAAGCUAGGAAAUUACUUUGAAAUAAUUUUUACUUGUUUUGUAACUAUACAUAAUAGAAGCAUAUUAUGACACAAUCCAUGAUGUUGCAAAUGAUUGUUUCCAAAAUUAAUCCUACAAUAGAAAAUAUUUAAAGUGUCUGUAUAUCUGUUAUGUCUAAAUUUAGAUUCUUUUGCUGUAGAGUUUUUUUCUCCUAAUCACAGUAUAUCAUAAUACAAGACCCCAAAACAGGAAGCACAGUGCAGUACUUUAUUUUACCUUUCUUUUAAGGGAUUAACUUAUGUGAAAUAUCAUGGGAGAGAUGGAAGAGUUUCAGCUCCUCCAAUGGGUUUGUUUCAAAUGUGCACUCUCAAUGAAGUUUAGGUACAAAGAAAACUAAACAUUAUCAUGAGGACUGCUGUGUUUGCAAAACAGCCUUAGUGUUAUAUCUGUUUCUUGAAUUCAUUAGUUAAGGUCUUUUGGCAGAAAACUCUAUGAGUUUUACUAGUGAGAUAGUCUUACAUUUUAUAGUGGUGAAAUGUGUAACAAUGGCUAGAUACUUAUAAUUUUUACAGAAAAUUGUCUUAAUGAGUUACACUAUCACUUUCUUUUCAGAAAGAGUAGCUUUUGAAUUCAAUUUUAUCUAAAUGAAAGGUCAUCUGAGCAUACAGUUCAGAUUAAUUCUUCUUCCAAACAAAAUACCAUUAAAUUUUAGUAUUGCCAGGUAUUCCUGUCCAUGUUAUUGUGAGGAAAGACCCGAUGUGAAUAUUUGGCUGUCAGAUCAUCUGAUACUAUCUUUUCUAUUAAAGAGCAGAAUGCACAUUGCCAACCUUUUGUUAUCUAGCUUCCCGACUGCAGCGCAGUGUCGGGUUCUGCCAAACUGGCUUACGUUUGUUAAAUGCUCACCGUGGACUUUAGUUAUCUUUUCCUGGUAGUCUGCAUCCUGCCACUUAGCUGUAAAUGUCACACACUCUUCUUCAUUCAUGCUUCCUAUUAGGAGUUAGUUUUAUUGAAAUUGUGUGCAGAAAUAUGCAAGUGGGCAGGGGAGAAAAAUUAAAUUUGUUCUAGCCAUAGGUGCUGCUGAAAAGACUUUGAUAGGGAAAAAGUAAAAAAUACUGUUCUUGAUGGUUGUACCCUGUCUGGUGAGUGGAAAAAUGGGAAAAGACCCAUAAAAAAAGUCUGAAUGUAGAAGAUUAAAAAAAUUUAUUCUGAUACCUUAAAGCAUAAUUAGUGUGGACUAGUCUUUUUUCUGUAUUUGCAUAACCUGUACCUAAAUUUAACUUUCAUGUUUUAGCUGCAGGCAUUGAUUUUUCAGAUGUAAUCUUCCCCUGUAAUUAAAGAGAAGACAGAAAUAAUAGAAAAAGAACUAAAGUCAGUAUACAAAAUGCUAAAAUUUGUUACCAUUUAACUGGUUGCAGGGUAUGAUUCUUUUAAGUAUCUGAUCUGCUGACAGAUUGAAACUUUACUGUAAAGUACACCAUCAAGCCAACUCCUUGGUACUUCUGAAUAAUACUUCACUAUAAAUCUCCAAGAGUGUUUUGCUUUUUAGGACAUUUUACUGCAAGUAAAAUCUUGUUAUACAUCCACACAGAAGAUAUUAUGUAAGAUUAGAAAAAAAUGUUAUUUUGUCCCAAACCAAGUGAAAGAGGAUUUUCAAAAUGCUUGCAUAGCAGGGAAGAAAUUCCAUGUACUCAGAGGGGGAGAAAAACCCAUCCCAACAAAAACCCCAAAACAUCUUAUUGUGAAAGCAAACUGCCUUUACAUUAUUCUGAAGAAUGUAAAAAUCAUAAUAUUCAAUAGCACAGCAUACCUACAUGUGAUAACAGUGUGCUUUUGACUGUUACAGAAGCAAGGAGUGGAAGAUGCAAGUGUUGGAAAAGAUACAUGGCUGCACACUAGUGUACUCUAGCUGAUAUUUAUUGGUAGGAAAUCAAGCAUUUAUCUCUAGUAGCUACCUAUCCCUAAGUAUUUGUUAUAUUUUGAGACUUGUUCAACAUUUUUUCUUUUGUCUGACUUUUUUUACGCAAAUUUCUGUUAAGGAUUUUAUUUUCUUUUUUUCCCUCUAAAUCUAAGCUACCUUCUCUUUCAAACUAAUCAGACCAAAGGCUAAGUCUUUCUCUUUUUCCUGUCAAGUGCGGACAUGAGAUUUUUGCUUUGUUUUAGUAUUUCUCUACUGAAGAUGAGGGUGCUUCUGGGAGUUGCAAUUUCAGUAAAUACCUUCUUCAGUGGUGCAUUGUUAAUAUCAUUUGUACAGUGCUCCAUGUUAAAUUUCACCUCAUUGAUUAUCAUAAUACAGAAUUGCCUCAGAAGUUUAGUUCUGCCCUGGUGGAAAAUACCAAAGAUUCCAUUCCUGAAAGCUGCUUUUGCUUCACUGACAGAUGACUUUGCUAGAUCAAAUAGGAUGAUAGGAAAAACACAAGAUCAAAACUGUUCAUUUAUCUGUCCAUCAUGUAUGGCCAAGAGAUUUUUGCUUUUCACAUAACUUUACCACAAGUCAAAUCUUGUUAUAUGUGGUUUUUUUGUGAUUACCUUAAACUCAAAGACCAUGAGAUUACUGUGAAUCUUUACUGUCAUUUCCUAUGCCAUUCAGAAAAAUAAUGUAUAUUUCUGUCAAGGCAUCUGAACCAACUCAAACCAGAUGUUAAGAAUUUGUCAUGUCUCUUCAAUUCAGAAUUUAUAUAGGUUUUUUAAGGUAUUUUGUAGAUCCAAGGUAGAAAGUGGUGGGAAACGUGCUGAUCGUGACGUACAAAGUUACUCCAGCUGGUACCAAACGUGGUCUGAAGUGGCACAGCCACAUCUUGGUGGCAACAGCUUUUGUUGUCAGCUGCAGAAUGCCCACUCACUAUCUGCUUGCCACAAAUACCCUAAAAGGUUUUUGGGUGAAGCGAAGUUCUUCUGCAAAACACCAGGCAUCAAGGACAGCUGAAAGAAGCUAGACCCAUGAAACGUAGGCUGUCUUGUUAAUGCGUUUGUGCUGACCUCUUACUGAGCAGUGAGAAGGAAAAUGUUCUGUCAGUUUGUGUGUGUCAAUUAAAGCACCACAUGAAAACUGCCUUUUGUGACUGCUGGGAUGCAUUUUCUACAUUUGUUAAGCAUCAAAAUGUUCUACAACAAGAAGUUUACUUAUAAAGUAUACACAGUAGAGAGCAGGUUUUCUGAAAGCACUGGAAAGGUAUAUUUGACUUAAUAUAAGAAAAAAAAAAGGGUGAAAUUGAUCCUCUGAAAGAGAUAAAAGAAGUUCCACAUGGUCUUCAAAGAUGAAGCCUAUUAGAGCUCUCUGUUAUUUUUAUUACCCAUGCAAGAUAUGUUUUACAUGCAGCUUUCUUGAAAUUGAGAUAAUUUGCUGUUCCAGAGCUUGAUGAUGUUGGUAUUUCCUUUGUUUAAAAGACUACUAACUUUUGUUGGCUGCUACUACUGAUAAAUUCAUAUAAGAGUGAUUUUGUUUUCUCAUUGUCUCUUUUCCAGAUACUGUCUUUUGUCCUGCCUCCAAACAGAGGCUUUACUCUUCCAUGGGAUCUGUAGAGCAAUGACAGUUGUUUCUCUUACCUUUAUACUCAGGGAUUGGAGUUCAGUAACCAUAAAAUAAGUAUUUUGAAUUGGUAAUUCACUUAUUGUAACCAUCACAUCAAGCACGUAUACCUCUGACUGCCUGCUACAAUUCUUUCCAGUUCCUCGCUUUCUAUUAUCUUAAGGUAGCAAAGGGUUUAUUUACAACUCACUUUUUUUCUGGAGUGUGGAAUACGGUCUCAUGCUUUAUGAACUACAGAUAAAAAUUAGUGGAUUUAUGAUUAAUGAUUAAUAAAGUUAAUGAUCAUUGCUACACUGUAAAUGCCUUCCCAGCUCCUGCAUGCCCUAUUCCAUAACAAUGUGUUAUGUCCAGUUUGGUCUGUCCCCUUAGCAAUUUCUGUUUUCUUUGCUGUUUGUCAGUGGAACUAAGAGAAGUCACACAAUGAAUAAGCUUCUUCUCUUUACUAUUUUAAUGGUGAUAAAAUGUUUUAACAUUUUUUUCUGUUACAUUUUACAUAUAGUGACUUCCUCAGGUCUCUUCUUGUACCUUGAAAAUCAUUUGCCCGAAUCCCUUAUGAACCUGUUCUAGCCUGUCAGCACACUGUUGAGAGAGCAUGUAUGAAAGCUGAACUAACUGUUCUGCCAGUGGCCUACUAAGUUUGUUUGCCAGGUGAAAUAGCUGCUGUUCUUUCAUACCAUUUGUCUGCUAAAAUAGGUUACACUUCUGGGGCCACAAUGUUGCCCUGAAAAUUAUGUUUGCCUGGUUGUUCACCAUUCUGCUAAUUCCAUGUUGUAUUGGUAAGCGGGUCAUUAGCAAUUUCUCUUGUUUCUGUCCAGCUGCGUCCCCAGUGAACCCUGGCCUUUUUCCCAGCUCUCUCCCUUGUUGUUUUCCAUUGCUUGCCGGCUUGAUAAGAUACCAGGCACGUUCUGUUUGAUCCACAUGCCUAAUAUUUUUCUGAUGAGGUGGAUAGAGGUAUGAACAGUGAAAGGGUGGCCUCUCAGUUGUCAGUCAAGGCAUGCUCUGCUUCUUGGCUGCUGUUGAACUAAACUGUUGAUUUUUAGGCUGUAUGUCAUGCAAACUCACAAUCCUUUUUGGGAGUUUGUUUUCUAGGAUACAUCUGCUUCCUAUAAUGUGAUCUACAUUCUUCACAGGUACAUGCACCUGUAUGCCCCUGUUCUGAAUGUAUGAGUUUUCUAAAAUGCACCCGAGUUAGCUGUGAACUCUUGGUUUGGACAGCUGUGGUUUCAAUUUAGCAAGAAGUCCAGGUCGCUCUGCAUUUAGGACUUGUCUUUCUCAUUGUGUACAGUUAAUGUAGCCCCAUGCUAAAUGCUGAUUUUUUUCCUAAAUGUUUCUCUAUAUUUUUCUAGUUGAAAAAUAGUUGGUUAGCUUUAAGCAAAGCUAUGACUUACAAGAAAAUAGAUGCAGAUGAAUGAUAAUUCUUUGUACUUAAUUGUGCCUUCUUUUGUCAAAAGGCCAUUUUAAUCAAUUUAAUAUGAAUGAUUCUAACUAAUGGUUGUAAUAUGAAGAUAACAGCUUCAAUUGUCUAUGAAAGAAACAUUUAGUUUCUGGCAUAAAAGUGUGAUAUAGAUACCAAAUUAAAGACAAAGUUAGUUCCUCUCUCUCUCCUUUAUUAAGCUAGAGAUUUAGAAGUAUGAGAGUAAUUAUUUUUAUCUUUGAGUGUAAAGUUUUUCUGAUAAGUUGACUCCAGCUGGCAUCAUGCCCUUCUCUAAAAGUCCACUUAUCUUUAUUACUUUGCUAGUAAUUUUAAGCUAUCUGCAUCUUGCUUUACAAGAAGACUUCUAUUAUUAAUAUUAAUGUUAAUAGUAAUAGUAAUAUUAUUAUUGAAGGAUGUUAUCAGUUAAAUGCUCAUACAGAAUUUUUUUUUGCAUGGUAGGGAUUCCAGCGACUGUCACGAAAUUUUACUCUCUGGCUUGAUGCAUUUUAAACUCUUAUAGUAUGAAUGGUCUCUGCAUUUGUAUUUGUGGUAUUGGUUUAGGAAAACUGUAGCUAACCUGUUUUUCAAAAAAUAGGUCUAAAGCCAUGUAAGAAAGGUCAGCUUCAAAUUGAAAGACUCACAGGAAAAGUUUUCAGUAGGAACAGUGGAAGAAAUAUACUGUUUUCAAAGUGGUUCUUGAUAAGUUAUGGGAAGGUUCAUGCAAUAAAGUUGGUGUGCCAGCAGGGAUCUGAAUUUAGUAGCUCAACCAGCUGCAUAUUUCUAUUAACAGAACUUCAAAGUGAAAUAUUUUUUAUUGUGUUGCUAAGUACUGUGUUGUUACAACAGUGAAGUUCUGGGUAUUCCAUGAAAUUUUUGAUAGAAUAUAUGGUUGAACUUUUAUUUUGGACACUAUUAGACAGAGAAACUGAAAGUAACAUUGAAAAGAAAAUAAAAGGUGUAUUAUUCAUAAGCUAGGUUAUCAUGUUUUAUAAUUUCUGCUUUUACUCACUCAUUGUUUAUGUUUUGCAAUUUAAAUAAAAGAAAAUUCCAAUACAGCAGACUAACCAAAAAUAGUGACUUAGAUUUUAGUUCUGUCUUUGAAACAUUGAGAAUGGGAAAAAUCCAUUUACCAAAUAGAAAACAAUGUAAUCAUUAGAAAGAAAGGUUAUAUUCCUACUCCUAUGCUGGAGCUAACAAUAUUCUGUUCCAAACUUGAAAAUACCAUAUUUGUUGAUCUAGUGACAAUAGUCAGGCAGAUGAUGUUUUUGGGGUGGCACAUGAAGCUUUUCUGGGGGCUAUGGGUGCUCUUUAAAGAGCAGCAGUGCAGGGCUUCAGGAGAGAGAGAUGCUGUGCAACACCUGCCAGGUGGGGGACAGGCUGGUUGUCACCAUCAGCUCAGCAGUAGUUAGCACUGCUCUUUGUUCAGGGCAGGCUGGGGAACCAGCACUGGCUGCCGCAUUUUGCUUUUCAGGUUUUUUAUUUGUACUGAAGGAUCCCUGUGGAGUUAGCAGAGUGCCUUAUUUCCUUGAGAUGCUUGUCUCAUUUUAUCAAGGUAAGUUAUUUCAGUGCAAAAUCCAAUAAAUACCUCUUGAGAUAGCACAGAUUGACAAAAAUAGGUGGGAUCAAUCAAGUAACUUAGGCAUAUGACUGGGAAUAGAAGUGGUUUUAGUAACUCAGAAGCUUUUGGUGUUCUCUUCCAAAUGGACUGAACUGUUGCAGGUGGAGUAGCACUGAUAAUGUGUUCUGUAAGUUUUUCUUUUAAUCUCCUGAAAUCCAUACUUGAUAGAUCUUUCAUUUACUAUAUUUUCUCUAGAUUUCUAGGAACCUUGCAAUCCUUUCUAUGCAGUCUUGAGCUCUAAGGUUCUAGCUCACUUUCUUAAGGUCAAGGAAAUGUGAAGUACCCUUUGUCAAAGCCAAACAAGCGUUCAGAAAAAAAAUCCAGCCCCCAAAUCCCUUCUGCCCAUUUCAUCUCUGAUGCCUUAAGUUGAUCCAGAAUGCUUUCCUGUCCUGACAGAUGUUCCUCCCAUGUUUUAUGAAAACAGAUGAAGUCAUUUUAGCACAUGAAGAUGUCUUCUGUUCUCGGUUUUUGUGUUACUUCAGAGAGCAGUAAAUGACCUGUCCCUUGUGCAUUCAUGAUUUUCUAAUACAUUCAUCAAAGUUAAAAGCUUUUGGGAUGCCACAAAGACAGUUUUCUGGUAUAUGCACAACCCAAAGCUAUGCUUCUUACUUUUGUCUGUCAUGAAAAAAAACCAAAACAAUUAAGUCCUGUAGUACAGGACUUUUUUUUUUUUUUUCCAACAUUAUGUCUUGUAGAUUACCUGACAAUUUUCUGUCUAUCCCCAUUCUGCCUUAUAUCUUUUUUUGGUAUAUGUUAGUUCUAAGAAUAAUAUGUCAGUCCUUCAGUUGAAAAUGAGAAUGACAUUUCUAAGAUUCUGGUGAUAUAUUUCUACUGAUUGUACUAAAAAGCUGACUAUCUUUAAAUAAAGUUCUUUUUUUCCUGUUCAGGUAUAGAAAGAAAUGAACUUUAAGAACCAGUGCAAGAAUAAUUAAUAAAUCAUGUCACUCAUUUUCACAGUAGUGAAAGUGCUUCUAGUUGACACUUUUAUAAAUUAGCUUUUAUAUGUCAUUAGGAUGACUUGUCCACAUGAAUGUAUUUAUACUGGUAAUAGUCAUGAUAUUUUUUUUUCUUUUUGGGAUCUGAGUUUUUGGGAGUAUCUAGCAACUGAAUAAUUUAUGAUUUUCACAAGAGGGCUGUGAUUCUACAGUUCUCUAAUAACUGAAGCAGUAUUCAUGCUACCACUCCACAAUCUGAACUCUUGUCUUCCUAAAAGAGCUUCCAACAGAUCAGCUUUUAAAAAAUGACAGUCUGCGGAUAAGUUAGUUGUGAAAAGAAAAUUUAAAGCAUUCAUUUCCAAGCAUAGGGAGUGGCCCAGGAUCAUUCACCUGAAAUCUUAACUGUCCCAAAAUACACUCAAAUAAAAAUUUGAGCACUCUCAUAUUCAAAGACCAAUGCCUUAAAGAACUCUGCUUUAGAGCACUGGCUCAGCAAAUCCUUCUGUUUUGUUCUUUAUUAGGAACUCUAUUUUCAGUUACUCUUGUAUUAACUUGGGGAAACACUUAAAACAAGUAUGUGUAUUGACACAGUUUGUACGUGAGAAACGUGGACAUGGAGGAUUGUGAUUUAUUGACCAGAAUUCAUAUGAGAAGAGAUAGUGGGUAGAAGAAAGCAUGUUUUGUAUGCCUGGCUUUUUUUUCCUCCCACAUGUGGAACACAAGUCUCUCAAAUAUUUACAGGAGUAUGCUUUUUGAUAAUAUGGGAUUUAUCUCCAGCGCCACGUCCAAGAGUUAGAUGAAAAUGGUUUUUAGAAACAGUAAUAAUACAGAUGGUCUGCUUAAGGGGUAAGUGAUACAGUAGCAUGUUUUCUGACUGCUCUUUACUUGGUCAAGAGCUUUUCCUUGGAUUUCUACAUAUUCAUAUUUAUUUCUGAAUUCUUUGCUUUAAAAGCAUAAAAGAAUAAAAAAAGAAGAUCACCUAGGAGUUAAAGAACCUACUACAGUUCUCCAUUUCUAAAAUGUUAAUAGUCAAGGAUUUGAAAUAUUAGAUCCUUAGUGCCAUAGGCUAAACAGCAGUCCUCUGAAAAGGUUAAUAUUUAAUUUGGCAUAUUUGCUCUGAAUGUUAGCUAUAUUAAAUAUUUGUAUUUUCUCUGAGCUUGAAAGAAGCUUAGUAUUUUCAGCAUCUUGUGUAAUUCCUAUUUCCAGAGAUAUAUUAAGAGGUUAUUUAAGGUCACCACUGUGGUGCUGUCAAAAGACACAGCUCUCAUAGCCAGCAGACCAUGCUAGCCCAGGGUGAGCUGGCUAGAAACAUCAUGUUUGGCUCAUGUGCUUUGUUUAAGCUGCUGAAUUGUACUGAAAGACAUCUGAAAAUACUCUGAAAAUAAUGUAGGCAGUAACAUCUUUAUUAAUUAAGAAACACAUCCAUUAAAAAAAAAAUUAAAACACUUAGAAUCUGUCUUCUCUGUAUUCAUGCAAACAGCAGCUGCAAUUAAGGCUGUUGUAGCUGAAAGGGGAGAAGCAGUGUCUGUGAGUGGGAUGGCAAAUGGACCCGGGUACACUGUUCCUGCUAACAUAUGGGCUGCUAUUAGAAAGGAGCACAAGAAAUCUGGUGAUGAGCAGUUGAGCAGUACAUAAAGAACUGCAGUGGCUUAAUGAAGGCAAGAAGAGAAGAAUAAUUGACAUGGGGAACAAGUCGGGAUCUGUUAUUUGAAUUGGCCCUUUGGUGUUUCAGUUUGACAUGCAAGCUAAAAUGUCCUAUAAAAUGAGGAUCGGCAUGAGCCUGACUUUUUGGAAAUAGAAAGCCUAGCCAAGCUGUCUUUUGGGGAGAUAUUGCCUUAGAUGAUGAAGACUUAAAAAUCUUUCAAAUUGACAGGACGAUUGACCUUACGCAGCACUCCAACGAAAGACUUGGCCAUAACACAGGUGGCUUUGGAGAGCAUGGAAUGUCAAAAAAACGUGGUGCCCUCUAUCAGCUUAUAGAGAGGAUAAGAAGAUUUGGCUCUGGUUUUGAGCAAAAUAAUACAUCUAAAGGAAGAACUACUGUAAAAUUCUCAGGGAAAAAUGAGAAAAACCGAUUUCCCAGAGCUGCUACAUCACGAACAGAAAGAAUAUGGCCAGGUGGUGUCAUUCCAUAUGUAAUAGGUGGAAAUUUCACUGGCACGCAGCGUGCCAUGUUCAAGCAGGCCAUGCGGCACUGGGAGAAGUACACCUGCGUCACCUUCAUCGAGCGCAGCGACGAGGAGAGCUACAUUGUCUUCACCUACAGACCCUGUGGGUGCUGUUCUUAUGUGGGUCGUAGAGGAAAUGGUCCUCAGGCUAUAUCUAUUGGCAAGAACUGUGAUAAAUUUGGCAUAGUUGUCCAUGAGUUGGGUCAUGUGAUAGGUUUUUGGCAUGAACAUACACGACCAGACCGUGAUGACCAUGUCACCAUCAUUAGAGAGAACAUCCAGCCUGGUCAGGAAUAUAACUUUUUGAAGAUGGAGCCUGGAGAGGUGAACUCCCUGGGGGAACCGUAUGACUUUGACAGCAUUAUGCACUAUGCCAGGAACACCUUCUCAAGGGGCAUGUUUCUGGAUACCAUUCUCCCUUCCCGUGAUGACAAUGGUAUACGACCUGCCAUUGGCCAGCGUACCCGUCUAAGUAAAGGAGAUAUUGCACAGGCAAGAAAGCUGUAUAGAUGUCCAGCCUGUGGAGAAACACUGCAAGAAUCUACAGGCAACUUUUCUUCUCCUGGAUUUCCAAAUGGUUAUCCUUCCUACACACACUGCAUAUGGAGAAUCUCUGUGACCCCGGGAGAGAAGAUUGUUUUAAACUUUACCACCAUGGACCUUUACAAGAGCAGUCUCUGUUGGUACGACUAUAUUGAAGUAAGAGAUGGCUACUGGAGAAAAUCCUCUCUGCUUGGCAGGUUUUGUGGUGACAAACUGCCAGAAGUGCUCACAUCCACCGACAGCAGGAUGUGGAUUGAGUUCCGCAGCAGCAGCAACUGGGUUGGGAAGGGUUUUGCAGCAGUUUAUGAAGCUAUUUGUGGAGGUGAAAUCCACAAAAAUGAAGGCCAGAUCCAGUCUCCCAAUUAUCCUGAUGACUACAGACCAAUGAAGGAAUGUGUGUGGAAAAUAACAGUGUCAGAAAACUACAAUGUAGGAUUAACCUUUCAAGCAUUUGAGAUUGAAAGGCAUGACAACUGUGCAUAUGACUACUUGGAAAUCCGAGAUGGAACAAACGAGAACAGUCCUUUGAUUGGUCACUUUUGUGGCUAUGACAAGCCAGAAGACAUUAGAUCUACCUCUAAUACCCUGUGGAUGAAGUUUGUUUCUGAUGGAACUGUUAACAAAGCUGGGUUUGCAGCUAACUUUUUUAAAGAGGAAGAUGAAUGUGCCAAACCUGACAAUGGUGGCUGUGAGCAGCGCUGUGUGAAUACCCUGGGCAGCUACCAGUGCGCCUGCGAUCCUGGCUACGAACUUGGUCCUGACAAGAAGAGUUGUGAAGCUGCUUGUGGAGGACUCCUGACAAAGCUAAAUGGGACUAUAACCACACCAGGGUGGCCAAAAGAGUAUCCUCCAAACAAAAACUGUGUGUGGCAGGUGGUUGCCCCAACGCAAUACCGAAUUUCAAUGAAGUUUGAGUUUUUUGAGUUAGAAGGGAAUGAAGUUUGCAAGUACGAUUAUGUGGAGAUUCGCAGUGGCCUUUCUUCUGAUUCCAAGCUCCACGGUAAAUUCUGCGGUACAGAAGUGCCUGACGUUAUCACCUCUCAGUACAACAACAUGCGCAUUGAGUUUCGGUCUGACAACACUGUCUCAAAAAAAGGCUUCAAGGCACACUUCUUCUCAGACAAGGAUGAGUGUUCGAAGGACAACGGUGGCUGCCAGCACGAGUGCAUCAACACAGUAGGGAGCUACGUCUGCCAGUGCCGGAACGGAUUUGUGCUACACGAAAAUAAACAUGACUGCAAGGAAGCUGAGUGUGAGCAGAAGAUCCACAGUCCCAAUGGCAUCAUCACAAGUCCCAACUGGCCCGACAAGUAUCCCAGCAGGAAGGAGUGCACGUGGGAAAUCAGUGCCACCCCUGGGCAGAGGGUCAAACUGACAUUCAAUGAAUUUGAAAUAGAACAACAUCAAGAAUGUGCUUAUGACCACUUGGAAGUGUUUGAUGGCGAAAGUGAAAAAUCACCAAUCCUGGGACGCUUAUGCGGCAAUAAAAUACCAGAUCCUCUCAUUGCUACUGGAAACAGAAUGUUCCUCCGCUUUAUUUCUGAUGCUUCAGUUCAAAGAAAAGGCUUCCAAGCAACUCACUCUACAGAGUGUGGUGGUCGCUUGAAAGCUGAACUCAAGCCCAAGGACCUGUACUCACAUGCUCAGUUUGGUGAUAACAACUACCCCGUUCAGGCAGACUGUGACUGGCUGCUGGUGGCCGAGCGCGGCGCUCGCGUCGAGUUAAUGUUCCAGACUUUCGAGGUUGAGGAGGAGGCAGACUGUGGCUACGAUUACGUGGAGCUUUUUGAUGGUCAUGAUAAGACAGCAGUGAGACUCGGUCGAUUUUGUGGAUCUGGGCCACCAGAAGAAAUUUAUUCAGCAGGAGAAUCUCUUUUACUUCACUUUCACACUGAUGAUACAAUCAACAAGAAAGGAUUUCAUAUACGAUACAGAAGUAUAAAAUAUCCAGAUAGCAUGCACACCAAAAAAUAA